UUUUAAAAAUUAUAUUCAUUUACAGAUAUUGUGCAGUUUGGCCAUGCUCUGCAUCAACAUCUGCAGUCAUAAAAAUUAUUAACGGCUUUUACAUAAUUUUUAAUUUUGUGCUCCUCAUUCUUUAUUUGAUAACUCUGGCUUUUGACUUGUACUACAAUUCUACAGAUAUGAAUGUCUAUGGUAACGACGGAUGCUACGUAUUAGGCACAGUCAUGAUUAUGUUUAAAGGAUACAAGUUUCGAAUGAUGUAUGAAAAACUUUCGACGCUCAUCGAUGAUGUCUAUGGUCCAAUCGACACAUUAAUAAGGACUUCAGAUCGAGGAAUGGUAGCUACCAUCAAACACAGUAUAUUUUUUGAAUUCAUCCAUUUCUGUGCAUUUUUGGGUGGAUGCCUAUCACUUUCGUUCACCAUAAUCGUAUUAACACCUCGAGAAAAAGGGGAGCUCCCGAUUAGAGGUGUAUACCCUUUUAAUUCCACCAUAACGCCGUACAAUGAAAUGGCGCUGUUUUAUCAAUCUUACUGUGUAAUCUACUGUCUCCUAAUAAUAGUAGCGCUGGACAUAAUGAUAAUAGCCUUCAUUAGAUGGGUGACGGUUCAAAUGAAAGCAUUAACCGCGAAUUACAAAAAUUGCAAUUCUGAAACAGCGAAACGUGCGACUUUAAUUUCAGCAGCAGAAACAUUGAAAAUGAUUAAUGGAUUUCAGUCAUGGAAGAUAACUGAUGAUGAUUUGGAAAUACGGACAUUUUUGUCUUUUGAGAAGAGCGAGGCUGAAAAUAGUGAUGAUGGGUUUGUUUGGCGAUUCAAAACAUGUGUUAAACAUCAUCAGAGACUUUUGAAGGUUAUGCUUAAUCUUAAUGCUACUCUCAGUCCGUUUAUAUUGGUACAAUUUGGAAUCAGUACGUUGAUUAUAUGCGUGAGCGGUUUCCAAUGGAUUUCAGUGAGUAAUACAGGCAAUCACGGGAAUUUAAUUAAGUAUACAGUAUUUUUAACAAUAUGCUUUGCUGAACUAUUAUUUUGGUGUUUUUAUGGCGACGCUUUUAAUUAUACCGCGGACGCUAUAACGCACAGCCAAUGGAUGUCUGGUUGGGAAGAUGCAUAUAACAAAAAAAACGAUUACAAUAUCAGCAACCUAUUGACGAUUCCGAUGAAUCAAUCGAUCAGACGCUUGGAAAUAAAAGCUUUCGGAAUGUUUUCUUUGUCCAUGCCGACAUUUCUUUCAGUUGUCAAAAGCUCGUAUUCUGUUUUAGUACUUAUGACCACAGCUACUGAAGAAGAAUAA